AAACAAGAAAUGUACAACUAUAAAUAACUCAAACACCCACAAAGAUUUAAAUCAUCUAACAACAUCUUAGUUUCAACAUACAAAUACGAAAAACUAUCAAGCAAGCUGCACAAUGAGUCAUUGCAAGGCUGAGGGUAAUGUGAUUUUGUUGGAUUUUUGGCCAAGUUCAUAUGGAAUGAGAGUGAAAAUUGCAUUGGAAGAGAAGGGAGUCUCAUAUGAGUGUAGACAAGAAGAUUUUCAAGAUAAAAGCUCUUUGCUUUUAGAGAUGAACCCGGUUUACAAAAUGAUACCGGUUUUGGUUCAUAAUGGAAAACCUAUAUGUGAAUCACUUAAUAUAGUUGAGUACAUUGAUGAAGCUUGGAACCAAAAACCUUCUCUUUUGCCCUCGGACCCUUACAAACGAUCACAAGCCAAGUUUUGGGGAGAUUACAUUGACAAACAUGUAUACAACAUUGGAAAGAAGGUGUGGACAGGAAAGGGUGAAGAACAAGAAGAGGGUAAAAAGAAGUUUAUAGAAUGCUUGAAGACUCUAGAAGAUGAGCUUGGAGACAAGCCAUAUUUUGGUGGAGAUGAGUUUGGGUAUGUUGAUGUGGCUCUUAUACCCUUCACUGGUUGGUUUUACACUUACGAGACAUAUGGGAAAUUAAGCAUUGAGAAAGAGUGUCCUAAGCUUGUAGCUUGGGCCAAAAGGUGUAUGAAAAAAGAGAGUGUGGCAAAAUCACUUCCUCACCCUCACAAAAUCUAUGGUUUUGCAAUGCAAUAUAAACAGAAACAUGGACUUGAAUAGAGAUUGUUGGGGAUUGCAUGGGAACCGGAGGAGAAACUAUGUGUGGAGAAUAAUCUAUUGUUAAGCUUAUGUUUAUUAUGGUCCGGGCAAACAAUUGUGUAGCUUAUGGAACAAGCGCUUAUGUAUAAGUUUGCAUAAGUUAUUUUGAAAUGGAAAUAAUGUGUUAUUGGUUGGGAGUGUCAAAAUAAAAGUUACAUUGUAACAAAAAAAAAAAGUUACACUUAUAAGCAUCGAAAUUAAUCUUAAUAUGUACGUUUGGAUAGCCAAAAAUGAUUUUGAAGACUUAACUUGGUUUUAGUUUGAUUAGUA